AUGUACUUACAUCCCCUGCAGGUUCGUGACACGGCGGCGACCUUAUCGCACAAGGACGGCUCCCGGCAGCGGAUCCAAGACUCGGUGGACACCAUCUACCGAGUGUCCGGAGUUGAGAAGCGCAAGGUCGGAUCUUGUGACGAGUGUCGCCGGACAAAGAGUCGCUGCUCUCGCACGCGGCCGACUUGCAAGCGAUGCGUGAGGAAAGGUUUUGCGUGCAAAUACAAUGCCAAAUACGACGCUGCCGCCAGCCAAUCGCCUUCAUCAUCGAUGCCAGUAGAAGACCAAAUGUUGACUACCUCCAAUCGCAGCGGCAGCGUUUCUACCCCUGGGAGCCAAGCCAACUUAAUGGCCGGAUCCCUAUCAGCGCAAAUAUCACCUACUGUUCGAUGGCUCUUUGCGGACGACCUACCACAAGAUAGGUUUCAUCUACAGUCGCUAGCCGAUAAGUUCUUUGAUCGGAUAUCUACUCUCCGCUGUUUGGGAUUCAUCCACAAACCAACCUUUUAUCAAGCGUUGGACAGAGGCACACUGAGCGAGGAUUUUGGAGAGGCUGUCAUCUACAUAGUUGCUGCUCUUGGAGCAAGAAUGUAUCUCUUGGACAUCCCUACAGAGUUUAACAAUCCAUUUCGCGGCAUUCCUGGAGCGGCUUGGGCUGAACGAGCUAGGGAUCUUGCUAUGAGAGAGAUAGCAAACCCUUCCCUCUCGACAAUGAUGGCAAUGGUUCUCAUAUGUGAACAUUCCAUCUCUAUGGACCAGCAUGCUCUGGCCUUUGUCGUCUUUGGAUGUUGUGUGCGCAUCAUGAGGUUACUCAGCCUCGACUCUCCGAAAAAGGUGCCAGCUUCACCAGGGCUUGCCCAGAUGACUCAAUUGGAGGCUGAAAGGCGACUUUUAUGGUCUUGCUAUAUCCUUGAUAGCUUUCUGGGUGGUGGAGUAGACGGGAACCUGUACUGGAAAGACGAUUUCCCAUGCGUACCGCUACCUUGCUCGGAUGCGAAUUUUGUUGCUCAGGAACAGUAUCUCGACUUUAAUGCACCAAAGUUGAGCACGUUUGAGCUUUUCCCGGAUCGAAGUUACCUCAAUCUCCGCUCUCAUACGAUAUAUCUCGUGCAGCUUCGGACUCGGGUAUUAAGACUGAUCAGAAAUAACAGCCAGGAGGGCAACAUAUGGGAUCCUGGAUCUGCACUUCUCGACAUUAUUCAGCGGCUAGAAAUAUGGUAUGCUGGCUUGCCCGAGCAACUGGUUAUAUCCGACCUCAACGCAUACGUUCACAAAGAACUCAGCAUCAUCAGCGCUGUCUUCAUGCUUCAUUUCCUCUACCACUCAAUUGUGUGCGACCUCCUUCGAGUCUCACUCCCAGGAUACGUUUUCCCACUAUCAGUUGCUUUCCAUUCCGCUCCUCUCGAAUUUCGCAGGCAGUGCCAAGAACGGUGUCGGUUUCACGCAGACGAAGUAUCACGACUUGUGCGCGUUGGGUUCGGCUAUGGUAUCCGCGUUUUCGACGAUCUACACAGCCUCAUGGCUACAUUCGAAUCAACCAAGAUUCAAAUCAUUCACACUGCCACUGCUACGUCUAAUGCAAUCGAUGUACGAGAGCGGACUAGUUACAAUAUCCAGCUGAAUAUGCGGGCGCUGGACGUUCUUCACGUUCAGAAAGACAAGCCGAAUCCCUACCACAAGGCCUUAUUACCACUGCUGGAAAAAUUCGACUUCAACAACGUAGUGGCCGAGUGGCAAGCUUACCCAAGCCCAGUGUUUGUCACCCCUCCCCAGACCCUGACAGGGCUAUCUAACCAUUCCCUUUUCCUUCUCUUUAGAUCGAUGGACUCAGAACAGGCCGAAGUUACAGGCCCAGAAGAUACUGGUUUCUUAAGCAGCCUGGCCCCGUUCCGCCUUGCCAAAGAAGAAAUUCGAGCUCAAACAAAGCAACGAAGGGGAUCAUCACCAACCGCAAACGACCCCGUCUCACCUACAACAGUCCGCCCACCGCCCAUCAUCUCAAUGCCUCAAAAGGGGGCGCUCGGUGGCGUCGGUGGCGGCAUUGGAAACGGCGGUGUCUUGGAAAACACGGACUUUUCUCUAGACCGUAUUCAGCUAGCAUCUGCAACACCUGCUGGAGUCAACGACCAGGAUGUUGCGGCUCAGAUCCAGGGAGGAGUACCAAAAGAGGUGGUGGACUUCUCAGAUCUUUCAGAGGAUUACAUCCGGAUGGCAGGUGAGAUGGCCAACUACAUAUCAUGGGACAUAUCGGAGCCGCCAUCAUGGUUAGAUUUCGACAUUAGUUCGAGUAAUAUAUGA